AUGAAUUCGACCAAUAGUUACAAUUUUACCACUAUUCCUGCCUCCAACAACACUUUAUCUACUAACAAAUCUUAUGCUAUUAACUCGGCAUUACAACCAACCAAACAACAGCCACAACUUCAACUGCAACAACAUCAGGAGCAGCCACAGGUUUGGCAUACAAACCUCGACUCGACGACAAUAAGUUUGUUUGUUGUUUCCGUGGUAGCUCCAGCGUUGUUGUUGACGGCAGUCUUCAUUGCCAUAAAGUUGAAAAACAACAAGAAGAUGAAACGUUUAAGGAGGGAGUGCGUAACAAACCUCACGUCACAAACUUCAGGAGAAACAAUUCAGGCCUGGAGGUCACGUAAUGUAAAUGGAGAUGAUGAGGACGAGGGUGAAGAUGGCCACCACGGUGAUCGUGCUUACGGGAAAAAUGAACCAACCACCAUCGCGACUAUUUACUCGUCAGACAACUACAAAACAGAUGAAUGUCAAACAUUCAUCAACCAUCAACAUCCCAUCUUACAUUCUAAUUUCACACUAUCCGAAGAUUUGAACGCUAACAAACGGGGCAGUCCCUUGUGCCCCAGAACUGACCUGAACGACACCAUCAGAGCGUUCUUCGACCACCACAAUUACCGACACUUCAAACACAUCUACCACCACUACAGUCUCGACAACGAAGAUCUCCACAAUAGCUCGCAGCAGCAAACUGAACGAGAACAACGAACAUUAAACCAACAAGCGAAUAUACCUCAGCAACGAAUUUCAAGUGUGAGUUUUGACAGAGGCGUGAGGUGUACAAACAGGCCGGGUAAUAAAUAUUUUAAUCACGUGCAAUCUAACCAACGUUUCAGUGGCACGUCUCAAGAUGGUAAUCACUUUAAUGAAGAUACGUCGAAUGGACCAAACAUUCGCUACAACGAUCAUAUCAGCACUGGAAAAAACAACGUUGAAAAUUUAAAACCUUCCAACAACAACAACAACAUCUUAGAUGCUAAUGAAUCAAAAUGUCAUUAUAAUAACCUUGAUGAAAACGCAGAACAAAACAAUAUGGAUUGUAUCGACUUUAAAAACAACAAGUUAAUAGGGAAUGUUAACAAAAGUCAUCAAAAUAUCAACACGAGCAACAACAACAACGGCAACAGCAACAAUUACACAACUGAAAAGUGCAUCAACAAUAACAGCAACACAGCUGCGCAAUGCGUCAACAACAACAUUCUGCAGACACUUACGAAACAUCAAUCAAGUUUUGAAAAAAUUCGUUUAGAAAGUCACGGAAAAAAUAACAAUGUCGGAAAGAAUGGAAGUUUAAAAAAGGACACAGAUGACGAAACAGUAGAUUUAAAUUAUAACAGCUGUUCUGGCAUUUACGAACGCAUAAAUGACACGAUGAGCAGUGACAUCAACGCUGGACAAUCAGCAAAUUUUGAUAGCAUUUGUGAUGUCGUCAUAAAUUCAAUGCUUCCAGCAACUUCGCACACAUUAUCAUAUAAAUGUCACGAGGUUUCGUCGUCCUGUAGAGCUGAAUGUAAGAUCGUUGAUAACAAUUUCAAUCGAAACAAAAAAUUUGUCAGCCAUUUAGGUGACAACAACAACAACCAAAUAAAUGUUGAAAAUAGCAAUCAAAAUGUCCAUGAUAUAAACUAUGAUGUCAUUGAAAUUGCAGAUGAAAUCAAAUGCGCAAACAAAAUUAGUGAUGGAACAACGAGAAAGGCUCCCAACAACUCAAACUUCCACAAAAAUAACAGCAAUAUGUUUGAUUGUAAGGUCAACCGUGAUAUUGUAAGCAACGACAAAUCAUUUCAUAAGAUUGAUGAACUUACAAAUGAAAAAUUAAAUAAACAUAAAAGUAUUAACAACAACAAUAACGACGCUAAUUAUAACGCAACCUCCUUGAAUGACACAAUGCACAUCAACACCAACGUUCAACAAAGGAUCAAUAUUCUAAACGAUCAUAUCAACAACAACUUGACCAACAACACCCACCUCACCAAGCUCAACAAUGAUGCAAUCAUCACAGCCAACCAUCACAAUCAAGUAUUCAAUAAAACCCAACGACAUGACAACAAUGUCGGUAAUCAAAACCCAUGGAAAUGUACAACAAUUGGAUAUACAAACAAUGACAACCCCACUGUUUCUACUGAAAGAACAAAUGAAAAAUCGCAAUCUAUCAACCAAUCAACAAAGUCAAACGCCUAUGCAUUUGUUGGCUCAACAAAGUUGAAUGUUGACCCUACAAAGUUGAAUGUUGACUCACCCAAGUUGAAUGCUGACUCACCUAAGUUGAAUGUUGACCCAACAAAGUUGAAUGUUGACCUAACAAAUGUAAAUGCUGAUUCAACACCGUUGAACACAUCCAUAGGCGAAUAUUCAGAAGAGGAAGAAGUGAUGAAAGACUUUGACGCCAUACUAUCAAUAUAUUGCGACGAAGAUGAUUUUUUAUGCACAAGUUAUGAAUUUGACGAUAACGUCUUGGAAAUUAGAAUCUGA